GCCACUAUCCGAAACGAUGGGAAAAAGUUGCACUGCAGUUCAAGCGCGGUGUCCUGUUGCGUGAUCUCCCGCAGCUAUCCUCAGGAAACCAUCUCCAAUCACUGACCACCAGCGCUGAGCGCCGCAGACAAGUGCGCUGCUCUGUUAUAAGUCUGGAGUGGGAGAAACAACAAGAGCAGGAAUAAAACUUGUUGCAUGUUUUAUAUCUGAGACCCGCUUGUUGCAUCGGAGUCACCGAAGAUGAUGAAUUUUCUCCUCAUCUGCCUGUUAUGUGGAUUGUACGGGGUUCUGGCCAAAGACAAAGAUCAGAAGGGGAAGUACAGCGUCCCUAUUCUGGAUGUGAAAACCCGGCAUCUGGUCCUGGACAUCAACCAGACACUACUGCUCAACUGCAGGGGUCGCUGGGAGCUGACAUGGGCGUUCCCAUCAGGUUUGGCCAGCGAUCAGGUGCGAGUGGAGGAGUCCCGCUGUGGAAGGACGAGCCAGCAGUACUGCAGCCGCGUGACGGUCAGCCGUAUCCAGGCCCGGCACACCGGCCAGUUCCGCUGCAGAUACCGGCACCGAACCCGAAAACAGACCUUCAUCUACGUAUAUGUCACAGACAGCCAGCAGCCAUUUGUGGAACAUCCGGGUACGAGCCCAGAUGUGUUGUACAUGAAGGAGAAGCAGCCGCUGGUCAUCCCCUGCCGGGUCACCCACCCUAAUGUCACCACCACACUAGUCAAGUUUCCCAACCACAGCCUGAGUCCAGACCAGAGGAACAUUAUUUGGAACAGCAAGCAGGGCUUCACCAUCCGAACUCCCACCUUCUAUUACAUUGGCCUCUUCUACUGCCAGACGAUCACUGACGGCAUCACACACAAGUCACGUAUAUACUUUGUACACCGCCCAGUGAGUAACAUCCUGGAUGUGUAUCUGAACAGCAGUGGACCUGUGCAGGCUCUGAAGGGAGAAAGACUGGUCUUGAACUGCACUGCCACCGGGGAGUUGAACACCAGAGUCAACAUCACCUGGGACUACCCUGGAAAGACUAACAACACCGGCUCCAUGUCCAAGAGGCUUGUGAAACACAGAACGCACAUGUUGUUCUACAAUAUUCUGACCAUCCCAAAGCUCCAGCGCUCAGACCGAGGCCUCUACACAUGCCGCGUUACCAGCGGGGAAAAUACCAAACAACAGAAAGUCACUGUUACUGUGUAUGACCAUCCAUUUAUUCGCCUGAAGCCCAGACAUGCAUCUGUGAUGGAGGUUCAGGCAGGACAGAAAUCUUACCGGAUUGCUCCCAAACUACGAGCCUUCCCUGCCCCUGAAGUCAUCUGGUUGAAAGAUGGUAUGGUGGCAGCAGAGCAGUGCGCCAGAUACCACAUGGAUGGAAAUUCCCUGGUGAUCCGGGAUGUUGCAGAGGAGGAUGCUGGGAAGUACACUGUCCUGGUACGAAUCCAGGAACAUGGACUCUACCAGAAUCUCACGCUUAUACUUGAGGUCAAUGUGAGUCCUCAGAUAGGAGAGAAAGCGGUGUCGUUGCAGGACCCAGGCUCAGUCCCACGGGGGAGCAGACAAGCGCUUCACUGCACAUCCCACGGGGUCCCUCCUCCACACAUCCAGUGGCUUUGGCACCCCUGCCCGUCCAAAGGCCUGUGUGUGUGUCCAACAUCCUCCUUGCUAUGGAGCCCUGUGACAGAAAGAGUCCCCGCCACGUCCACAAGCAACCACAUCCUGAGUGUUACGCACAGACAGGAAGUGCUCCAGGGGAAGAAGAAGACGGUGGGUGUCCUGACUGUGGCAGAGGCCUUUGUGUCCGGAGUGUAUCGCUGCGUUGCCUCCAACUCUGCAGGCACAGACCAGCUAGACCUUCACUUCUAUGUCACAGACGUCCCAGGAGGCUUCAGUGUGAGCCAGGGGGAGGAACCGAGAGAGGGUGGAGACCACCAUCUCACAUGUGUGGCCAAUAAGUACCUGUACACGGCGUUGUCGUGGCAACGGGUGAACGACACAGAGGAUGCCCAUCCCCGCAGCCCUGCCUUGAUUGGCCAGCGGCUCGUGUCAGGAGAGCUCUCCAUCUCUCUGGUCCUGUUGCUAAGCAACCUGACGGCCAGAGACUCCGGAGCCUACAGAUGCUCCGCCCGCCACCUCAUCACCGGACAUGAGACACACCUGGACACACAGGUGGUGGUCACAAUUUUGGAGCCUCCAGUGCUGCUCAAUAAUUUGACAGAUUGCACCGUCAACGUUAGCAGCUCAGUGAUCCUCAGCUGUCUCUCUGAAGGCGUCCCGACCCCAACCAUCACCUGGUACAAGGAUGAACGUGCUCUGUCUCAGGGAUCAGGUAUUGUGAUAUCACCGGAAGAUGGGACCCUCCAUAUUGAUCGAAUCACAGGGGAGGACCAGGGCCUGUAUACGUGCCAAGCCACCAAUGACAGGGGAUCUGCAGAGAGCUCUGCCUAUAUAUGGGUCAAUGGUGCUUCAGAGGCCUCAUUUCUGGAAAUUCCCACGCUCACCUGCACCUGUGUGGUGGCCACUCUCUUCUGGCUUUUGCUCACACUCUUCAUACGCAAACUGAAACAGCCCAACAGCUCAAACACCAAACCAGAAUACCUGUCAAUCAUUCUGGACACCGGAGAGGGGCCAAUAGAGGAGCAGUGUGAGAGAUUGCAAUAUGACCCCAACCAAUGGGAGUUCCCCCGGGAGCGGCUCCAAUUAGGGAAACCUCUGGGCCGUGGAGCCUUUGGUAAGGUGAUGCAGGCUUCUGCGUUUGGUAUAGACAACGCCACCAGCUGCAGCACUGUGGCCGUGAAGAUGCUCAAAGAGGGAGCUACAGCCAGUGAACACAAAGCUCUGAUGACUGAACUCAAGAUCCUCAACCACAUUGGACAUCAUCUGAAUGUAGUCAACCUUUUGGGAGCCUGCACCAAGCCAGGAGGACCACUGAUGGUCAUUGUUGAGUACUGUUGCUAUGGGAAUCUUUCUACCUUCUUGAAGAGCAAGAGAGAGGUGUUUGUGCACAACACACCGGCCGGAGGAAAGGAUGGAGGGCCAGGUUGUGUUGGAAGUGUGUCCUUCAGCCAGAGCAACAUUAGAACAGAGUGUGAUGGACAAGACGAGAAAGAGAAUCAAAUGGAUCCCAAAUCUGCCUCCAACUCUCCUUUAUUCCUGGAGGAUCUCAUCUCCUUCAGCUUCCAGGUGGCGCGAGGGAUGGAGUUUCUGGCCUCUCGCAAGUGUAUUCACCGAGACCUGGCAGCCAGGAACAUCUUGCUUUCUGACAAUAAAGUUGUCAAGAUCUGUGACUUCGGCCUGGCCAGAGACAUCUACAAAGACCCCGACUACGUCCGCAAGGGAGAUGCCCGCCUCCCUCUCAAGUGGAUGUCUCCAGAGUCCAUCUUCGACAAGGUGUUCACCACCCAGAGUGACGUGUGGUCCUACGGCAUUCUGCUGUGGGAGAUCUUCUCUUUGGGAGCUUCCCCGUACCCUGGUCUUCAGAUAGAUGAAGAGUUCUGCCACAGGCUGAAGGGUGGAACAAGAAUGCGUGCGCCUGAAUACAGCACACCAGAGAUUUACAGCACGAUGCUGGCAUGCUGGGAGGCCAGUUCCUCAGAUCGACCCACCUUCACUAACCUGGUGGAGACCCUCGGAGACCUGCUGCAAGCGAGGGUUCAGCAGGAUGGGAAGGAUUAUAUUCCUCUGGGAUCUUUCAUGACUGGAGACCCUGGUCGCAGUGUGACCUUUAAAGAAAACCCCCUUGCAGUCACAAACCUGAGUUACAUGAGGGGUGUGGCCACACUUCAGAUAUUUGAGGAACUGCCUUGCGAGGAGCCAGACAGCCCUGAUGAUGAGCAGAGCGACAGCGGCAUGGUCUUACCAUCUGAGGAGCUGAAGCAUCUGACGUGGAAUAACGGCACCAAGAACCGGAAACUCAGCAGGUUCUUUUCCUUCACUAAGUGCCGGGAAAACCAGGGGCCUUUCCUGUGCAAUGACAUCACAGGUCUCCGUGACGACCAGCCAUCUAUCUUGCCGUGUGAUUGGGAGUCUGACGAAGACGGCUCCCCUCCUCCAGACUACAACUCUGCUUUUCUUUACCCCUCACUGUAGCAUCUUCUCUAGCUCUUCGACAACUUUCACAGGGUAUAUGAUUUUUAGUGAGUCGGAGCUCAUUCUGCUAUUUCACCUCCGCUGUUUGCAUCCUCUACCUCAUUAUAUCUCCACGUAGUCUUCUCUCCUCUUCCUCCGCUCUCUUGACGUUUUUUCCUUUAAAAACCAUAUGCUGUCGUACAACAAAGCUUCCUCACUGUUCAUCUUCAUUCACCACACAUAACGCCUUCCAAGAGCAGCUCGGUAUUACCUCAUUGUACUUACCACACGCAGUUAUGGAGAAUGUAUUUACUGACCUACAACUAUUAGAGCUUAUUGUAUUGGUACCUCAUGUGCUGAGCUUUGUGAAGAGGAACACUGCUGUAUGAAAUAAUUGUUUCUCCUGCACAGCUACUAUAUGCUGGAAGAAAAAAAAGUUAGCCACUGAAUUAUAGUAUGUGUUAGACAAUAUAUAUCUGUAUUUAUUUGAAUGCUGUAAUCAUUUGGAUGAGUUACUUGUUAAUCAAGUCUGUAUCUGACCUUUUGUGAAUGUAAAUGUACACUCAGUUGCCAAUUUAUUAGGUAUAGCACUGCAAUAACUUUCAUUAAGGUUAUAAUGUUAAUUUGUAUUGUUUUAGAAAGGUGCACCUCAACAGUAUCAAUGAGGGUGGACAAGAUAUUAGAAACACCUCUCAGUUUAGCGUAAGACAAACUCAAAAUCACCAGUUACAGUUGAAUCGUCUCUCGAAAAGGUUUCAACAAAAACACUAUAACCUUCAUGAACACAGGAUUAAUUGCAGGCAGUUUGUAUUAGACUGUGUUGGUUUUAGUUAGAUGUACCUAAUGAUCUGGCAAGAGUGUGUAUUUAAUUCUAUAUUAAUUAUCCUUAAAACAGAAUCGGCACAAACUCAUAUCCCUGCUGUUUUUUGUUAUAUAUGCCAUUAGUGUCACUUCCAUCGAUUGCUGUUGCACAAACCAUUAGAGCUAAAACAAUCUGUCGAUUGAUGGAAGAUUGAUUUAAACAACGACUUUGAUAACCAAUUAAGUAAAUUUUCCAAGCACAAGCUACCAAAUGGUCCCCAGUUCCAGCUCCUCAAUUGUGAGGAUUUGCUGUUUUUCCUUUGCUUUAGGUGGCAGUAAAUUGAUUAUAUUUGGUUAUAUGUUGGUUAGGCAAAACAAGACAUUUGAAGACAUCAACUUUUUGACAAAAUACCAGUAAUAACAAAAUGAUUAAUUACAACAGAUAAAUGGUUAAUGAAAGCAAUCAUUACUUACAGCCCUAAAAUCAAAAGUAUCAGCAUCUAACCCACUUUUUAAAGAUCUAUACACACCUGGUGUUAACAUGUUAUCUGUGUAUGAAGAGUGAAAUCUGGUUACUCAACUGCAUUGACAUGUUUUUUGUUUUCCAGAUACAGAUAUCAUGUUUUAAAUGUGGUCUGGAGAAUAUAGUUUCAGCCUCAUGAUACAGCAAUUUCACUUUGUUAUACAUUAGCAAGGAAGUGCAGAAUUGCUUGUGUUUUCAGUUUUAAAGAUAAUUAAUGAUUGAAGAAUGUAAUCAUAACUCAUUGUAAUGUACCCAAAUGUAAAAAAAAAAAAAAACACCAGAUCCUGCAUGUAUCACUUUUGGUAUUCUUUAUUAAAAUACUGCUGUACACACAAA